AAUUCUAAACCAAACAACAGAUUCUCAUAAACACCUCUUCUUCUUUCCUCUUUAAGAAAGGAAGAAAGAUCAAAACCUUCCAAAGUUUACACAAAAAGAGAGAACAAUGGCUCUUUUCGCCUUCUUGUUUAUGGCUAUCCUCGGAGUAAUGACGUCAUGUGUCAAUGGCUACGCCGGAGGAGGUUGGGUCAACGCACACGCCACAUUCUACGGCGGUGGUGAUGCUUCUGGCACAAUGGGAGGUGCUUGUGGGUACGGGAACCUUUAUAGCCAAGGGUAUGGAACUAACACCGCAGCGCUAAGCACGGCUUUGUUCAACAACGGUUUGAGCUGUGGUGCUUGCUUCGAGCUAAGAUGCCAAAACGAUGGGAAAUGGUGUCUCCCUGGCUCAAUCGUUGUCACAGCCACAAACUUUUGCCCGCCUAACAACGCUUUACCGAACAACGCGGGAGGUUGGUGUAACCCUCCUCAGCAGCAUUUUGAUCUCUCUCAGCCCGUAUUUCAACGCAUCGCUCAAUACAGAGCUGGCAUUGUCCCCGUCGCUUACCGAAGAGUGCCAUGCGUGAGAAGGGGAGGAAUAAGGUUUACGAUAAACGGACACUCAUACUUCAACCUGGUUCUGAUUACUAACGUCGGAGGGGCCGGAGAUGUCCACUCUGUGAUGGUCAAAGGAUCAAGAACAGGGUGGCAAUCCAUGUCAAGAAACUGGGGACAAAACUGGCAGAGCAACUCUUACCUAAACGGACAAGCUCUGUCUUUCAAAGUCACAACAAGCGACGGUCAAACCAUCAUCUCCAACAACGCCGCUCCCGCAGGCUGGUCCUUUGGCCAGACCUUUACAGGAGCGCAGUUACGUUAGGAAGGGGUGAUAUCGUCAAAGAAACAUCAUCUUUACUGAUCGUGUGGUUCGUCUAUGUUUAGUAGAAGCAAAGUAGCGAGAGAGGAGCAUAAUAGUAAUUUGGUCCUUUCUUACAGUUGGGGUCACCUGAACAAAAAGAGAAGUGGUGCUUCUGUGAGUGCUUGAUUUUGCACGAGGCCCUUGAUGACGUCUUCUUUGUUUUGGGGACCUUUUCUUUAUCUUUUUUUUUUAUAUAUAUUUUGAUUGGUGAGGUUUUUUUAUGUUAUACUGAUGCAGAGGUGGAUUAAGUUACCACCCGCUAGUAAUAGUAAUUGUAGUAGUCUCUCUUCUUGUUAUUUGUAAUCCCUUCUCGAAACGAGAGGGAUGGUGUUUUUAGAUUGUAUUAGUCUCGUUCAAAGUCAUGUAUGUUGUAAAUUUUUCGAUUUUUACAAUGGAUAUUGAAGAUUUGUUAUACUU